AUGAACGUCAUGCGCUACACCAUCGAGGAGACCAUCGUGAAGGUGGCGCACAUGGCUCCGGCGGCCCAGUCCACGGCCUCGGACCACGACCUGGGCGAGACGGCUCCGGCGGUCUUCUACCAGUACCUCAUCAAGCAUGCGAACGGUUCCUUGAUGGCACAGACCUCUCAGUACCGUUUGCCGGAAACAGAUAUCAACUUCACGUCCUUCAUUCCCGGCAGUUUGCAGACGGAUGUCUUUGCAAUGGCGAAGCGCCAGGGCCGCUGGGAGGGCACCGGAUGGCGCGAUUGCCGCACUCCUCAGAAGGGUUGGAACAUUUCCUUCCCUGAGAAGAAGGGGGACAAUUUGGUUGCCAUCGCCACAGUGCAGGAUUUGCAGGUCGCUGCCUUGGCAGUCUUGACCUUGCUCGCAUGGCGGGAAGAGACCGUCGGCUCAGACGGAUUUGAGCACGCAGGCAGGGAGUAA